AUGGUUGUAGCAAAGGCAAUGGACUGCGCGCUGAGUUCACCCAAAGACGGGCGUCCACAGGAGUCAGGCUCUGUUGCUAUCCGCAAAUUUUUUAUUCUCAAUUCAAGCUCCGAUGACGAAGAGAUAGUGAUAAAAAAUUCGAGAGUAAACUAUGAUUCAGAUAGAUCUUCUGAACACGAUGUUGAUCUCACGCUUUUAUCCAAGCACCCCACCUCCUCGUCAUCCCGGAGCUCCAGCAGCGAUGGUGCUGCCGGGGAUACUGAACUCACACGCUUGCCUCCUCACCAAGGCCCGGGUGCUAGCGUGCAGAUCAAAAAAAUCCCUACCACCGAUUCAGAAGAUUCUUCCUUAAGUUCUGUGAACAUCCUUCCGGAAAGCGAAGAUGAGACGCAAGGUGGGGAAAACGAUACCCCCCAAGCUGAUGACGCCACGGUAUCGCAACCGCAACAGUCGAAAGAGGGAGAUCGCGAAAAGGUCCAGUUAUCGCCCGCAGCUCUCGUCAAUAGGGGCUCUCAUCUAGUUCAGCCUCCGGAGAGCGUUACCACGACCAACAACACCUCCUUUUCCCAUCACAACUAUCACCUUACUCCACAACAAACAUUGGACGCUCAGGUAAGGGGGAAAUUGGAGCGGGCGGAUAGACUGAGCAUCUACGAAAGAGGUAUCAAUAUGAAAAAACGGAAAGAACAGGGGCUUCAACAUCUGCGUGCAGCUCUCUUGGAGGAUGAAUCUAAGGAGGCAACCUUUCACCCCAAAAUAUCCAAGCGGGCUGAGUCUCUUCGAAGGCGAAGCACCACACCAGAGGACGCGACCAAUGCAAUGCGAAUGAAAAAACGUUUAAUGCUUUUGGAAUUGCCGAGCAAUGAAUCAAACUACUCGUUUACGCCGCGCAUCUCACGAAAGUCUGCUGAAAUUGUACGCCACGCGCGCUCCGACAGUUCAAUGAGCCUACCCAUUGUGGAGCGGCUUUACCAUGGACAUGGCUUAUCCAAAAAAGAAUCUCGGUGCGCGCUGUUAGAUGAUACCCCUCGUCCAAAACACAUCGUCCGCACCCCGAGUGAAAUUAACAAGCACAUCGCAUCCAUGUACCUUUUUGAGUCGCAGCGACAAGAAGCUAUUCGAGAGGUUCAGGAGGAAUUACUGAGAGGGGCCGCGCCUACCCCUCAUGUGGAUCCCUCCGAGGUGGUGAAACGACUGACAUCUCCCAACCCCCUGAGAAGGCCGUCGGCGUACAAGGCGGGCACCCAUUCAUCGCCCGAGGAAUGCACGUUCGCGCCGAAACUUAGCACCGCAGCGUCGGCGUACGUGGCCAGGGCUCGGCAGCGCGGCCUCACGCGCUGGUUUCUUUACUUUUCCAAACCAAACGCCACCACGCUAUCCCUGGAGGAUCUUCGCCACCCGCACGCCCAGCAUGCCGAUAUCGCGAGUCGGAUCGAAGCCGCCCUCAUUGCCAAUUCCGGGCGUGCGGCGACCGCCGUGGGGGAGGGAAAGGAGGAAGAAGAGGCAAUAAAGCCGUCCCCAUCCGUCGUCGCGAGCGAAUGGACGUUGCAAGAAUUCCUCGAUGCCCUCACCGCGAUGGAGGAGAAUAAGGGAUUGCCCCAAUUCUGGCGGGAAUCCCCAAGUGGCGACCAUGAAGAAUCGGCGGCUCUUUCCGGGCGAGGUCGUGCAAAAACGACCGACUCGGACUUGACUUUUCAACCGCAGAUCAACUCCAAAAGUCGCGCCCUCGCGCAGCGUCAAUGUCGAGAAAAGCGCGCCGCCCAGCUUCCUGCACACGAGCGACUCUUCCUCUCCGUCCGACAGCAACAACUCCAACAAGCACAAAAGGAGCUCGAGGAAGAGCAGGAACGGCUAGUUUCGGAGCAGCUGGCGGAGGAAAAACGCGCGCGUUCGAUUCUUCAGUGGCGACAGCAUAACGCCUCGAGGGCGAAGGAAAGCAAACCGGAGGUGGCUCCACCACCCGCGGAUUCCCAGAGAGCGGAGGCCACGCAACACGCUUCCUCUGAAUUGGAGCCGGCGCCGAAACCCCCUCCGCCGGCUUUCCCAGCACCUAAGCGCGACGCGACGCCAGCAGCAGCAGCACCCGUACCGAAGUCCUCAAUGCUUGAUCUUUCCGUGAUCAAGAAGGCAACCGCGGAGCUCGAGGAGGCUUUGCGCGAAGAAAAUUGUAAUGCGAUCAAAAAAAACAUCAGGGCUGUAGAAGGCUUAUCUUCCGCCACAAACCCUUCUGCACCCACCCCGCCUGCUAGUCGCUCUGAUCGAAAGACGAGAAGCCACACCCCCACGCGCAGCUCUCUAGGGAUUCUUUUCGAUCACGAAUCACCGAGGACCAUCAGCCUCCUGUUGGAGUGUGCGAAGUGCAAAAAUCCAACGUGUGUUUCUACUGCUGAGAGACAAAAAAUUGAGCGAGAUAACAAACGUCGACUAAGACAACUCGGAAGAGCCUUGUAUAGAAAAAGUUGUGGGCUGUGCCCAUGA